GGCUCCACCAGGAGCCUAAAAAGCUUCCCACAAAUUAGAAAGAGAUGUCCUUUCUGACCAGAGUCAAAGUUCCACUCGUGCCUGUUUAGCCCAGCUUCCCCAUUCGCUCAGGGGAAUCCACCCCUUUAGGGUUCCUCCCCUUGCCCUGCAGUUCUGGGAGGGGACAUCCCCUGCGAGGCCAAGGGUCACCACGGCAUCAUGGCUGAGUCUAGCAAGCCCAUCCUCUAUUCCUAUUUCCGAAGCUCCUGCUCGUGGAGAGUGCGAAUUGCUCUGGCCUUGAAGAACAUUGACCAUGAGACAGUAACCAUCAACCUCACCAAGGAUGGGGGGCAGCAGUUCUCCGAAGAAUUUCAGGCCGUGAAUCCCAUGAAGCAGGUGCCAGUCCUGAAGAUCGAUGGAAUCACCAUUGGCCAGUCACUGGCCAUCAUUGAGUACCUGGAGGAGACCCGGCCCACGCCACGACUCCUGCCUCAGGACCCAAAGAAGAGGGCCCACGUGCGCAUGAUUUCCGACCUCCUGGCCAGCGGCAUCCAGCCCCUGCAGAACCUGUCUAUGCUAAAGCAAGUGGGACAGGAGAAACAGCUGACCUGGGCCCAGCAGGUCAUCGGUUCUGGCUUUCAAGCCCUGGAGCAGAUCCUGCAGCACACAGCGGGGAAGUACUGUGUGGGAGAUGAGGUGACCAUGGCUGACCUGUGCUUAGCGCCUCAGGUGGCAAAUGCUGAGAGGUACAAGGUGGAUCUUAGUCCUUACUCUACCAUCAGCCGCAUCAACAAGUCACUGCUGGCCUUGGAGGCCUUCCAAGUGUCUCACCCCUGCCGGCAGCCAGAUACACCCCCUGAGCUGAGGGCCUAGGUCUCAAACUAUGCCCGACUGGUGCAGGGGCAGGAAGGGGGUGCAGGAACAGAAGCUGCGAGGGCUGAACAGGCGUGGAAGCGAGCGAGCCCUAACUGGAGAGAUGGAAGACGUGAACUCCUAGCCUUUGAACUUGAACUCUAGCCCUGGAUCUGCACCCCCACUGAACCUCUUUCUGCCUCAGCCCCUUCAUCUGUCACAGGCAGGCAGGGUGGGGUGGGAGGAUGCUGGGAGGGGCUAGGCAGGAACCUGCUGUCUGUGUCACGGGCAGUCAUGAAAAUAAAGUGAAAGUAGACUAAAAUGU